AUGUGCGGCGACCUGACUGAAAGCUUUUCCCAUUCCCCACUUCUCUUGGUUGCGUUGUGCCGUUCUCGUAUGCCUGCAUGUACCCAUCCAAGACCUGGCAGACAUGCCACAUCCCUCUGGCAUGCCGGAUCUGGAGUGUGCACGUGCAAGGAUUUCAGCCCAGGCAUGCAGACCUGGUGUCAGGUGGGCGCUCAGAGGCGCGUGGCGUCCCCGCCAAACAAGCGCUCGCCCCGCGCAUGCCAGAGGAAGAUGAGGGAGCCCGCCAGGCACAGCGAGGCUGCCACCGCCAGUGCGGCAUACCAGCCCGCCAGCACCCCCGCGCCACCUGCGCCCUCCAACAGCACGCCCGUGGCCGCCACGCCGAUCACGCCCGCCAGCGUGCCGGCGGUGUUGCUGAUGCCCCUGGGUGCCGCGUGCAAGGGAAGAUAG